AUGCUUAUGGCACUAACAAUCAAGAAUAAGAAGGGCUUCGUUGAUGGGACUCUGGCGAAACCAAAUCAUAAACCUUCUGAGCAAUUGCAGUGGGAGAGAUGUAAUACUCUAGUGAAAACGUGGCUACUAGGAGCCAUGUCGAAAGACAUCUCCAACAGUGUGAUACACUAUAAAGAUGCACGAAGCAUGUAUCUGGAGUUGAAGGAGAGGUUUUCACAGGUAAACACAGUUGCGUUAUUUCAAGUUGAGAGCGCUAUUCAUGGUUGUGAGCAAGGAAGUACAUCGGUGACUUCAUUCUUCACCAAACUGAAGGCAUUAUGGGAUGAAAAGGACUCUCUUUGCUCUUUCCCUCCUUGUAGCUGUGAUGAUGCUCCAGAAGUCAAGUCUUUCAUCGAAGCUCAGAAGACAAUGAAGUUGUUGAUGGGAUUGAAUGAAGGAUUCGCACAAAUUAGGAGCAAUAUCAUCAGUCUUGAUCCUCUACCAACACUGAACAAGGCAUAUGCCAUGGUGCUUCGUCAAGAGAAACAAGUGGAACCAACUGCAGGCAAGAGUGGAUCAAUGACAAAAGCUUCUGCUUUUGCGGUCAAGAGGCCAGAAAAGUUUGAGAAACAAGAGAAGAGUGCUCAAUCCUUUUCUCGUGAUUCACAGUUCAUGGGAGGAGAGAAUAAGUAUUGUGAGAAGUGUAAUAUGACAAAUCAUUACACAAGGAAUUGUAGGGCACAUCUCAAGUGCACCCAUUGUGAUGGCAAUGGUCACACCUACAACUAUUGCAGAAGAAGGAAGAGAAUAAUGGGAGAAGGAUCAAGCAAUUCAAAAGCCAACCAUGUUGGUACCUGA